AUGACUCUUGAUGGAUAUGCAUAUUCUUUUAGUCAAAAAGAUCAAGAAGAAAUAGAAAAACUUUUAACGCGUGCCUUUUAUUCAGCUGGAAUUUCUUUUAAUAUAAUUGAUAAUCCUGAUUUUU